CUCAGUGGAGGAGAGGGUUUCAAAAUCCAGCUGUAGCUCAAAGUGAUCGCCUCCUUGGGCAUAUCCAUCUAAGAGGAUUGUGCCCUUUUCCCCCUCGUAUCACUUUUUUUGUUGUUCUGAAACUGUAGGAUUUUUCUUAUCUGCACUCAGGUUUGGAAUAUAGUGAUUGUUCUGCUGAAAACAACUGAAGUUGUUUACAUGACUGAAGCACCUGCCUAUGACUAAUUUGCGUUUUUUUGUACUGAGGUGAUCUGUGUGUCCUGACAAACAUGACACAGCUUAAGUAAUUUAUUUUUGGUCUACUGGAAUGGUUUCAUUUUGCCAUUCAAGGGAUUCUUGCUGACAGCGUGGUAGGAAUCCAGGAGUAAACUCUAUGGAGAAAUCAUGAGCUGGACUCAUUACAAAUGCUAAACUUCUGUCUGCUUGGAGCUACGCCAUCUGAGGAAUCCAAUCAAGAGAUGACCACUGUGUCAAUGGAGCCCAUAGUGGCGAUGGUGGAGAAGGUUUCCAACGUCACUGAGCUUCCAGUAGAAGCUUCUACUAAAGACAUGGCUGCCACCUUCACCAUUGGCACCAUCCUGUCCCUAAUGUGUCUGGUGGGUGUGUCUGGAAAUAUCUACACGCUCGUGGUCAUGUGCCACUCCAUGCGCUCGGCAGCCUCUAUGUACAUCUACAUCAUCAACCUGGCACUAGCUGAUCUGCUUUACUUACUCACGAUUCCAUUUGUGGUGUGCACGCAUUUCCUGAAGGGCUGGUAUUUUGGAGAUGCCGGAUGUCGGAUCCUCAUCAGCAUGGACUUCCUUACAAUGCAUGCAAGCAUUUUCACCCUUACUGUCAUGAGCACAGAACGUUAUUUUGCUGUCCUCAAACCUCUGGAUACAGUCAAACGCUCGAAGAGUUACAGAAAAGCAAUCGCUCUCUUGGUGUGGACGGCCUCACUGAUUCUCACCUUGCCCAUGAUUAUCAGCGUCCAGCUGAUGACGGAAAGCUCCAAGCCGAUGUGUCAACCCACUCUGAGCCCUCUCUCAUAUAAAAUCUACAUCUCCUUUCUCUUUGGCACCAGUAUUGUAGCUCCAGGGGUGAUAAUCGGGUACCUAUACACACGCCUGGCACGAACCUACUGGAUUUCCCAAACUGAGACUUUCAAGCAGACCAAGAAGCUCCCAAACCAGAAGGUCUUGUAUCUUAUCUUCACUAUUGUGCUUCUGUUCUGGGCCUGCUUUCUGCCUUUCUGGAUCUGGCAGCUUCUAGGUCAGUUUAAGCCCGAGCUGGAUCUCUCCACCAAGGCCAAGCGAAACAUUAACUAUCUGACCACCUGUCUGACCUACAGCAACAGCUGCAUCAAUCCAUUCCUCUACACCCUGCUGACCAAGAACUACAAGGAGUACCUCCGUAAAAGACAGAGGACGUGGACAGCUGGCAGCUACCUCAACCGACGGAGUCGCUUCCAGCGGUCGCCGCGUCGCUCCUUGUCCUCCAGCAGUCAGCAUUGCACCGAUAGCUUUGUGCUCGCUCAAACCUCUAGCAUCAACAACAGUAGCCUCUAAGGUAGGUUGUUGACCUUGUCUUUUUGGCCUUCUAUCAUAACUUCAUGCUAUUUUCCAGACAGUCUGAGUCAGUGUGAAAGAAAAAGAUCCUGUCUGAAUAAAACCAAAUCUUUUCCAGUUUACCUUCAUCUUCGCUCAGUCCAGCGGUUCUGUUUUGAAUCAACCUUUGCCAGACUGUUUUAGGUUUGCGGUCUUGGGUCUGAUUUUCGGACCGCUCUUGUCUCUGCAAAGGGCUACAGCUGAUAUAUGAGAACUUGAAAUGCUUGACAGAUUGCUUAUUGUGCUCAUUAAAUAGCCUUAAUGUUCAAAAUACACACACAGUAUAAAUAGGCAGGUGCACUGGAGAGACAUUCAAAAAUGUAAUGCAUUUUAAAGGUGACACUUUACCGCUUCAUGAAUCAACCUUUUAUUUGAUUGUAUGACAAUCUUUGAUUUAUUUAUUUACUAGAAUGGAUGUUAUGCUUGCAAAUGAUGACAUAUUUAAGUAGAUCAGACAUUUGAUUAAAAUAAAUUUAUUUCUGAAACAUAACUAUGAUUUAACUUUCGAGAUUUGUUCAAAAUUGGUUGAUAGAUAAUUGUUAUAGUGCAACUGCUGGUGCAGGUAAAAUAGGCCAGAUGAUAAUUAGGUUCCUCUGAUUGGAUCUCAGCACCAAAUUAUCUCCAAUCAGCAGAACUGAUACCUGAAUGCCUGCAUGGUACGAAUGACAGUAGACUGAAAGAGUAAAGUUCUAACAAGGUGGGGAUAGGCUACAAGCAUGGUUGAGUUAGGAAGAAAAUGUGCUUACAUUAUCAACAAUGAAUUACUCACAGUAUCUUUCUACAAUAAGUCUGUCUGGGAUCACUCAGGACAACAAAACUCCCCCCAGAUUAGAACUUGAUCUUAUCAUAAAAUUAAUUUAACAUUUCCCAGCAAAUUACUAAAUUAAAAACAGAAUGGAGAAAGGAAAGUGAAAAAAAAAAGAGUAUACAAACACUCAUUAUAUUAUAUACAUUAAUUCUCUGAUCCAAUUCGUGUUUCAGUUUGACUCAUUCAGCUUUCAAUUACCUUAUUUUUCGGACUACAAGUCGCACCUGAGUAUAAGUCGCAUCUGUCCAAAAAUACGUCAUGAUGAGGAAAAAAACAUAUAUAAGUCGC